AUGGCCGGCAAGUCGUUUUACGAUUUCAAGCCUCUCGACAAGACCGGCAAGGAGCUUGACCUGCACAAAUUCGAGGGCAAGGUCGUCCUGGUUGUCAACACGGCAUCCAAGUGUGGCUUCACGCCGCAGUACGCCGGCCUCGAGAAGCUCUACAAGAGCCUGCGCGCCAGCUACGGCGACGAGGUUGAGUUCCUCGGGUUUCCGUGCAACCAGUUCGGCGGGCAAGAGCCGGGCUCCAACGACGACAUCCAGAGCUUCUGCCAGAUCAACUACGGCGUCUCGUUCCCCAUCCUGUCCAAGAUUGACGUCAACGGCGACGACGCGGCGCCGCUGUACAGCUGGCUCAAGGACUCCAAGUCGGGCCUGCUGGGCCUCAAGCGCAUCAAGUGGAACUUUGAAAAGUUCCUGGUCGGCCGCGACGGCGCCGUCAUUGAGCGCUGGGCCAGCACGACCAAGCCCGAGGCGCUGGAGAAGCCGAUUGUCGAUGCCCUGGGCGGCAAGCCCACGGCCGCCCCCACGAAGACGGAGGAGCCCGCCGCUGCCCCGGCCGCCACGGCAACGGCAUGA